AUGGAGGUGGAUUCGGCAGUCAACCUGGAGGAGGGUUCGGCAACCAACCUGGAAUUGGAAUUGGUAACAUACCUGGAGGUGCAAUCGGUAAUCAACACGGAGCUGGAGGUGCAAUCGGUAAUCAACACGGAGCUGGAGGUGCAAUCGGUAAUCAACACGGAGCUGGUAGUCAAACAGCCUGGCAGUGGAGCUGGCCACUUAGGAAAUAACAAUAAUUUCAAUUCAGGAUUAGAUAGCAAUCUAAAUUCCCCUCUUGGCAGCCAAAAUGUCGGAGGGAAUCGUGGUAACAUUCCUGGCUUCAAUAUUGGAAUCAACAGUCCCACAUCAGGAUUCGGGAACACCAGAACUAAUGUGGGCAAUGCACAAGGAACAAAUGCUAAUACGAACCCACAAGGAAACUUCCAUGGGGGCUCUGGCACAGGGACAAACAGUGGUGGGAAUUUUAACACUGAUGGGGCAGGUUUUAACACUGGGACGGCAGCUACAGGAAGUCAGAGCAGAGGUCAAGGGGAUGGAAGUUUCGAUCCCUCUGCAGGUAAUGGGGGGGCUUUGAAUGGCGGUACGGGUGUGGGGGAGGGUAAUGGUGGAGGAAGCAAUUUUGGCCCGACAGGAGGGAGGGCAAAUUCAAACACUGGUUUAGGUUCGGGGAGUAACUUUGGUAGUGGCAACAGAGGCCCAAGUACAUUUAGUAAUAGUGGUGGAAUUCCAAAUUUUGGAACAGGUUUUGGGGCAGCAGGUGGUACUAAUGGUAAUGUAGGCUCAAGGGGAAGAGGUAAUGGUGGAAACAUAAAUGCAGGUACAGGUGGUAGAGCCGGGAUUGGGAUCCAUGAUGUUGGUACAGGUGGUAGAGCCGGGAUCGGGAUCCAUGGUACAGGUGGUAGAGGAAACACUGCAGGUGGAAAUGGCAAUUUAGGGGCAGGUGGUGUGGGGAAUACCGCAGGUGGGGGCCUAAAUGCAGGUACAGGAGCAAGAGGGAUUGGAACAGGUACAAGAGGGGGUGGGGCUGGAAUUCUCGAUGCUGGUGCAGGUAACAUCGGAGCUAGAAAUAGAAAUGGAGGUGUAGGUGGUGGAGAAAACCUUGGCAUUGGAAAUGUCGGUUCAGGCACAAGCACUAGAGGCACUAACCUCAACUCAGGCGGUGGGAACUUUGGUGGAAAUCUGAAUGCAGGGGCUGGUGGAACAGGCAACGGUGGAAGUGGUGGUUUCAGCCAAGGUGGUGGCACGGGAGGACCUGGGAGUUUCACUUCAGGUGUAAGUAGGACAGGAAAUAGUGACAGUGGAGGAUUUAAUGCAGGUACAAGUGGAGCAGGAAAUGGUGGAAGUGGCAGCUUUAAUGCAGGUAGUGGUGGAGCAGGAAACAUAGGGGGUAAUCUUAACACCGAUAGAAAUGGAAGAGUAAAUCUUGGUGAUGGAAGCCUGGCAGGAACAGGCACUGGAGGAGUCCCAAAUUCAGCAGUUGGAUCUAGCAAUGCUGAUACAGGAGGAAUGAAUAGAGGGGUGAACCGCAAUAACGGGCGUUCAAAUGCAGGAGCCGCCAACACAAGAACUGGUAGUCAAACUCCAAGUGGAGGCAGGAAUUCUAACCUGGCUUCUGGCUCUGGAAUCCCAAGCAUUGUCCCAAACAGUCAGGGAAAUGACAAUGGAAAUGGCAAUCAGCACCAAGGGAUAAGAAAUCUUGGCAAUGGUAACAGAAGGAUGAGGAAUGAAAAUAGCAAUGUGCCACUAGAUACCAUUGGGACCGACACACAGAUUGUACUCACAGGAGGUACAAAUCGAAAUGGAAGAAUCAGUCCCACCCAGAAUGCUCAGGCAGGAGCUACUGAAGGAGUCAACGUGCCGGGAGUGCAGAGCAAUAGUGGUUCAAUAGAACUAAAACCUGUGGGUCACAAUUGGAGUAAUCAGUCAAAAGGCAGAGCAGGAGGCACGAGCCACGAUGCCGGAAAAGGCAUCCACCACAGCAGCACAGGUCGGGCAGGCACUGCGGCGGAAAGCUCUCAGGAGGGCCGGCAGUAUGUGAAAUCACCGCCUGGUUCUGCCCCCAAGAAAUCAGACGAAUUCUCCACACAUCCUCCCGCGGAAGGUGGAGUUACUCCCCUUAAAGUAAUGCGCGGGUUCUCGGUGCAGCGCGGGGAGGUGGUGGCUCUGAGCACCGUCAAGGCCGGCGACAAGGACCUCUCUAUUCUUCAGCCUGACCACGACGUCAUCUUCCACAUCACUCCGAGCGCCCCAGACGCCGGCAUUUCGCUUGUCGGACGCCCUGGCACCAAAGCCCCGGUCCGCCGGUGGGAGCACAUGGACCACGAAGGCACCUUAUCCAGAGGCCUCGUCAGGAAGGACGGGUCCUUUGCCUUCACCAACUGUCGUCCCUCUGAGGUGUGCGAUCUAGCCGAUGGAGGACCUAAUGAUAACGCCGUUUCUAGUCCAUCCGCUCCUGAGGCACCGCUUUCCAGCAUGGCAGCUCCGUCCUGGUACAAAAUGCCCAUGUCCUUCAGUCUUGGCACCGUUUUCGGGUGGUCCUCGCCAUCCCCGGGCACCUAA